AUGAUGAUUCUCAGUCUCUUGUGUCUAGUCUUUUUAUACAAACUUUGUGGUUGUGUUGGCCCUUUGGGUUCUCAGUCAAACAUAUCUGCAGAACAAGCUUCUUCAGUUGACCAGAGGAUAUUUUAUGUGGAGGAAGGCAUUGAAGAGAAUAUCCCUAUUCUAAAACUCACAGCAAAAAACGAAGGCAUAACCACCAAACUUAUGUACGGAGAAGAGGAAAUAUGGCCUGGAAAAAAGGGUUCCUUUUGUUCCUCGGCCAUUCUCUAUCUUGACAAGGGCUAUCCGAAAUUGGCCGACAUAAAUACCAAAGAUAAACGCGAUAGGGACAGGACUGUAUACAGAUACAAGGACGGAAAGCAGUGGAAGAAUACUAGAGAGACCCUUCACAAGAAUAAACUCGGUGCGCUGAAGGAAAAGUAUGAACGUGAAACUCGGGAAGCUGUCGAGUGUACCGCCGCUAACAAAUCCGCAGAGGAACCUCAAGCAGAACAAGACCCAGACGUUAUUAUUAUAGAUGAUAACGAUGAUCUACAAUCGGAAAUGUCUCUGGAAACUCCUAAACCUGAGACUCCAGUUUCCUAUCCACACGAACAUGUUGUAACAAAUGCUGAAAGCGCUGUCUCCGGAAAGGACGAUGAAGAGGCACUCCAAGAUUCAGACACUGAUUUAGAAGCAGCAAUGGAUAUACCCUCGUCACCUCCGUGUCAGAUAACUCGUUGCAUGUUCAAUAUUUCUGAUCCAGACUACAGAAUAUCAGGCUUUUACGAGUAUGCCUACAACGGGGUCACAUGUAAAACCUAUACCAUGAAAAAGGAAGCCUACGUUGAGGGUGUCUCUGACGAUGGCGAAUUUUUGUGGAAAUACUAUCGCGGCAGAUGUGUCAAAAUUGUGAUUUAUUCCACCAAUUCAUCUUUAUUGUGUCGUUUAGACAUUAAUGAUUGCCCAGUAAUAACUCCGUCCUACUUUGAGAAGACUGAGGAUACAUGGAACGUUUUGGAAGAUGAUGAGUUUCACGGAAAGUUGUACGUUCUCUUUUCUGCCGAUUUCAAGGGUAUUAUGAUGGACACACUCUCGCUUUCUUCGGACAUUUUCAAGGUCAUCGAGUAUAUUGACCAGAGGGUAUUUCAUACCGUGAUAUUUUCCCCAAAAUAUAAAGUGACUAGUGUACACAACGAGUUAAAGAUUUGGGAAUCUAAAAAUGGCCAAAGAUGCACAGUUGCCCAUUUUUAUUCAGACAAAUUCACCAAUCUCUGUUUCCUCGUUAUAGUCGAUAGUGACGGGAUAAACAGAGAGCUUUACUUUGAAUACAACGUAGAGAGAUGGGAACGUAUCGAGGAGGAUAAAUUCACGAAAAAUCUUGCCAGAAUGACGGAAGGGGAUCCCCAGGAUAAGAAUCCUUAUCGUACCACUCCAGCCAUGAUAGACGUCCGCAUGGUGGAUUCCAGAUUCAGUAAUACGUACAAUUUCAUACUAGACGGAGUAUCCAUAGCCAAGCACGUUCCACUCCCAGAUAAAGAGAUCAAAAGGGUACUAUACAAUUCCGUGGAGGUUUGGAGGGCACCAAAGGGCAGUGAUGAAAGAUGCCUCUCAACUGAGAUAUUUUCCAGAGACAAUGCACAAAUGGUAAUUGUUAAUGUGAAGAUAGGGACAAACUUUGUUUCCUAUAGUUUCAAGUGGAUGGAAAGGAGAUGGGUUUGUUCAGAGAGAUCAUAUCUGUAA